AUGUCGAACAUCUCGCUGAUCCGGAGCCUGUACAGGGUGUUCGUGGGGAAUCUCUCGUGGACGGCGUCCGGGAGGGACGUGAAGAUGUACUUCUCCAAGUUCGGACACGUGGCCUCGGCCUCUGUGGUGUUCGACAAGAACACCGGCCUGUCCAAGGGCUACGGCUUCGUGGACUUCAGCACGCAGGACGGCCUGAUCGCGGCCACAAACAACCAAGUGCACUUCCUCGAGGGCAGAGUCCUGACUGUGCAGAAGGCCAGGAGCGUGGAGUGAUUACGCAACAGUGCCAACGCAGAAGCAAUCGACAGAGAAAAGCAGCCACACUCAUGUUUUUUUCUGUGAAUAAUGUUAAAUUUAUGCCUCUACAAAUUACACAAAUAGUAAAAAUAAUUAUCAAUUAGAAAUAUACAAAUAAAAAAUUAUCGUAGUUUCAAUCUUUGUGUAUGUUUUCCGGGUAAAACUCGCGCUGUGGAGCGUCGCUCCGCGCGAGAGUUCAAGAUUCGCUUUAUCUGCUGAUG